AUGGGGCCCGGGGCACUGUCCGCCUGGCUGCAGCCCAGGUAUAUGAAGAAUGCCUAUCUUUUCACUUACUACUUAAUCCAGUUCUGUGGCCACUCAUGGAUAUUUACAAAUAUGAUAGUCAGAUUCUUUUCAUUUGGAAAAGAUUCAGUAGUUGACACUUUUUACGCGAUUGGGCUUGUGAUGCGAUUUUGCCAGUCCAUUUCCCUCCUGGAGUUGCUGCACAUAUUUGUUGGCAUUGAAUCAAACUAUUUUCUCCCUAGAUUUCUACAGCUCACAGAAAGAAUAAUCAUCUUCUUUGUGGUGAUCACCAGUCAAGAGGAAAUCCAACAGAAAUAUGUGGUGUGUGUUUUAUUCAUCUUUUGGAAUCUAUUGGAUAUGGUUAGAUACACAUACAGCAUGUUAGCAAUCCUAGGAAUUUCCUAUGAUGUCCUGACAUGGCUCAGUCAAACACUGUGGUUGCCAAUUUAUCCUUUGUGUGUUCUUGCUGAAGCAUUUGCCAUCUAUCAGUCGCUGCCUUAUUUUGAAUCAGUUGGCACAUACUCCACUAUGCUGCCCUCCGCCAUAUCGAUUUAUUUUCCAUAUGUGCUGAAAAUAUAUCUCAUGAUGCUCUUUAUAGGUAUGUAUUUUACCUAUAGUCACCUUUACUCAGAAAGAAGAGAUGUUCUCAGAAUCUUCUCCAUUAAAAAGAAGAAAAUGUGAAUGGUUCCAAUAAAACAUAAGAAGAAAGGUUUGUGGAUUCA